AUGGCGUUCGAGCCGGAGCAUGCUGCGCUGCAGGGCUUCAAGACGAUCAUCGAGCCCUUCCGCAUCCAUAGCACGCAGCAGAUCCCCUUCCCCACGCGUGAGGAACGCUUGGAGGCCAUCAGAAAGGCGGGUUGGAACCUCUUUGGGCUCCGAAGUGAAGAUGUGAUCAUCGACAUGCUGACCGAUAGCGGUACGGGUGCCAUGAGUGCACGACAGUGGGCAGGUAUGAUGGAGGGGGAUGAGACCUAUGCCGGCUCGAGGUCCUACUAUGCGUUUCGCGAUGCGGUGCAUGAAAUCACUGGCUUUCAAGAAGUGAUUCCUACACACCAAGGGCGUGCAGCCGAGCGCAUUCUCUUUAGCAUUCUCGGUGGGAAAGGUAAAGUGAUCCCCAGCAACACGCACUUCGACACGACGAGAGCGAAUGUCGAGUACAGUGGAGCAAAGGCGGUUGAUUUGGUCAUCCAGGAGGGCAGGAUACCUUCCAGUGAGCAUCCUUUUAAGGGGAACAUGGAUAUUGCAGCUCUGGACAAGUGCAUUUCAGAGGUGGGAGCAGAGAAUGUUCCGGUGGUGAUGCUUACAGUGACCAACAACAGCGGUGGUGGGCAGCCUGUGUCACUCGAGAACAUUCGUGCUGUCCGGGCGGUGUGUGACAAGUACAAGGUGCCCUUCUUCCUGGACGCUUGCCGCUUUGCCGAGAAUGCGUGGUUUAUCAAGAUGCGCGAAGCGUCCUGUGCGCACAUGACGCCCAUGGAAAUCGCGAAUGCCAUGUUUGCACAAGCAGAUGGCUGCACCAUGUCAGCCAAGAAGGACGGUAUGGCCAACAUCGGUGGAUUUCUGGCCAUGAAGUGUCCGGAAGUUGCUGCCCGAUGUCGAGAUCUUCUCAUUUUGACUGAAGGAUUUCCCACCUACGGUGGCCUAGCAGGAUACGACAUGGAGGCCAUCGCCAUUGGCUUGCGUGAGGCCUUGGAUCCCUUGUAUUUGUGCUACCGGGCUCGAUCCACGGCCUAUUUGGCGGAGAAGGCCACCUCCGCUGGGGUGCCUAUUAUGAAGCCCGUGGGAGGACAUGCGGUCUACCUGGAUGCUUCCGCGCUCUUGCCCCACAUCCCCAGGGAGGAGUUUCCUGCACAGGCGCUGGCUUUGGCCUUGUACGUGGAAGGUGGUGUGCGUGGCUGUGAGAUUGGCUCUUUGAUGUUUGGAGACGUGGCCAAAAUGGAACUGGUCCGUUUGGCCAUGCCGCGCCGGACCUACACACAGAGUCACCUGGACUAUGUGGGGGAGGUGAUUGAGCGGGUUGCAGCCAAAGCGCGCGCCAAGGAGCUGAAUGGAUAUCGAAUUGUUGAGCAGUCCCAAUGGCUCCGACACUUUACAGUCAAACUUGAGCCGCUCCAAGCCUACAAGCUUUGA